AUGGAGUCUUCCAGCACCGAGCUGAUUUUUGACCACGUGGGGCACUUUGGCGGAUUCCAGGUAAUCCUAUAUGUUAUAUGUGCCUACCAGAACAUGGCUUGCGGUAUCCACUACUUCAGUUCUGUGGUCAUGUCAGUUAUCCCUGAGCAUGUCUGCACCCCGGACCAAGUGAAAAAGGCUGUUUUCCACAACUUUUCUGCUUGGAGGUUGGAGGACAUAUUGGCCCUGCUGUCCCCAGACCAGAAAGAUCAUAUCACAGUAGAGCUGCAGAAUGGGGAGAUCUGGGAACUCACAAGGUGUAGCAGGACUUGGAGGGAGAACACAUCCCAUGUGAACUAUGAGUACACGGGCUACAAGCGUGACAUUCCUUGCUCUGAUGGCUAUGUAUAUGACCAAAGCAAAUGGAGAAAUUCUGUGGUGUGUGAAUUGAACCUGGUCUGUGACCAAAAAUGGUAUGCAGUCCUGAUCCAGCCCUUAUUUAUGUUUGGAGUCUUGCUGGGAGCAUUUAUUUUUGGCUACACUUCUGACAGGCUCGGAAGAUGAGUGGUUCUGUGGUCCACAAGCACUGGCGUAUUUUUUUUCGGAAUAGCAUCGGUCUUUACAUUUGAUUAUUACAUCUUCAUGGCCGCACGCUUUUUGCUUGCCAUGGCUGCAGGUGGCUAUCUUGUGGUGGUGUUUGUGUAUGUAAUGGAAUUCAUUGGCAAGAAGUCUCGAACAUGGGCAUCCAUCCAUCUACAUACCUUCUUUGUCAUUGGAAUAAUGUCAGUGGCUUUACUAGGCUAUUUGGUCAGAACCCAGUGGCUUUAUCAAAUUAUCCUCUGCACAGUGACUGUUCCCUUCAUCGUAUGCUGUUGGAUGCUCCCAGAGACUCCUUUUUGGCUUCUUUCAGAAGGAAGAUACGAAGAAGCACAAGGAUUAGUCAAUACAAUGGCUGUAUGGAAUAAAUCUAGCUCUUGUGAUCUGGUACAACUUUUAUCACUGGAUGUAAAUAAAUCUCUUGUUAAAAAUCCUUAUGCAACUAAGAAGCACAGACUAGCAGAUUUGUUUCAUAACCAUGAAAUUACAAAAAUGACUCUCAUUAUUUGGCUGGCUUGGUUCAUGGGGUGUUUGGGAUUCUACACUUUUACCUUGGACUCUCUUCUGCUAGAAAAACAUGAAUACUUACACCUCUUCCUACUGAGUGCUAUGGAAAUUACUACCUACUUUAUUGUGUGCAUCUUGUUGGAGAAGGUGGGAAGAAGAAACUCUCUGGUCUUCUUCCUUUUGUCGAACUCGCUGAUCUGUGGUGUGUUUAUGGUGAUACCCCAGAAUAACUAUGUUUUGAAAGUAGUGGUGUUCUUGGCUGCCAAAAUUGCCAUAGGGUCAGCAUUUGAGCUCCUUUAUGUUUAUACAGCAGAGCUGUAUCCAACCAUUGUAAAGUGCUCUGCUAUGGGAAGCAGCAGCAUGGUGUCCCGCAUUUCAAACAUCAUCGUCCCAUUCUCUGGGCAGUUCAUCAAAAUUUGGAUCUUCCUGCCACAGUUUUUAGUUGGGAUUUUGGCCUUACUGAGUAGACUACUAUCACUAAACCUUCCAGAAACCCGGGACAAACUGCUGACAUCUUCUUGGGAGAAAACUGAAGAGACGGGGCCAGAAAAAACCAGCAGUUCAAACAUAUCCCUUCCUGGAGUCAGCAAUUCUGAUUUGGGAAAAAUGAAAGUGAUUAACCUUGAGGAAUCUUAUGGUGAUUAA